GUGUGUGUGUGUGUGUGUGUGUGUGUGUGUGUGUGUGUGUGUGUGUGUGUGUGUGUGUGUGUGUGUGUGUGUGUGUAAGUGUGCGUGUUCCCUGGCUAUAAAAGCCUCACUGUGACGAGGGGGCCUCUGCGAAGGAGCUCAAGUACAAGUGAGAAAAAGAGACGAAGGACAGUGAAGACUGCGGUUCCUCUCGCUGCCCUGCCUCUUCUGUUAAAGCUGCAGCCAUGGCCAAAAACCUGCUGAAGAAUCCCAGUGGGGAAGAGCUGUUGGACUUCUGGGAGCUGACGGAGAACGGCGGGAGUCAGUGGAAGGUGGAGGAAAUGCCAGGAGACUGCGGCUUCGACUUUGGCGUCGACGGAGUGACCACAUACUUUGCAACCUCCUUUGAGCUGUGUCUGAAGAGGCAGUUGAUCGACUUGUUGGCGGAGGAUUACUCCAGCGAACAGUUGGACGCUCAGCCUCCCGUCACUGUGGAAGACUGGUACUGUGGGAGGUCGGACUGCGGCUGCACAUACCAAAUGACCGUGACUCUGCUGGAUGAGAACCAGGAGGUCAUUCAGGAGUUCAUACCUGAUCCGGUGACGCUCGACCCCGACAGUGACGACUGCUCCUGGAAGCAGGUCAGCCACACAUUCUCUGACUACGGCCCCGGGUUGCGCUUCAUCACCUUCGAACACGGAGGACAGGACACCAAGUUCUGGGACGGCUGGUUCGGAGUCCGAGUUACUGGGAGCUCUGUGACUGUGGAGGUCUGAAGGAGGGGAGAAAGUGCAAAAAGGAGAAGGGAUCCAAGUAGUUAUAACACUGAAAGGUAAAGGAGAACAGAGAACUGGAGUAGUAGAAGGACUCCCGGGUAGAGGGGAGGUUUCUAGGUUUCAAUAGGACCAGCUUUGCCUUGUGCUAACACCUCGUUCAUCCUCCUGCUACGAAGACUGCACUAACAAAUCACCCGUAAAUCACCAUCACGGUGGCACAGCUUUACUAACUUCAACAUAUUAAAAUGACUGCUUGCAACACAGACAUUAUUAUGGUCUGUUACCUGCUACCUGUGCACAGUGACUAAACGAUGUGACGGAGGGUAGAGGUGUAAAUGAUCGAGAUAUUUCAAAAUUGGACUCAAAAUUAUGCAAUAAACUCUUAACUGCAGUAUUGCCUGUUUUCGUGAAGUUUACUGUUAGUUUGAAGAUCUUUUUUAAUUUAAGUCCUUGUUGUUCAUCCCAAGAAGGAUUUCAUUUUUACCGUAGAUGUUAAAUGUAUUGGCGUGUGGUCACGGUUAUUCCUCAAUUAUAAUUAAACGGACCUUAGGUGUUUCAACAUGUGA